AUGGGUUUUCUGGAGGAUACACUUAUUAUAUUAAUCUCCCAAGUCUUCUUUUUUGCUGGAGGAUGGGUAUUUUUUGUAAAGAAGUUAUUUCGAGACUACGAAGUACAUCAUACUUUGGUCCAAUUAAUAUUCUCUGUCACUCUUGCCUUGUCUUUAACAAUGUUCGAGUUGAUUAUAUUUGAGAUUAUUGGAUAUUUAGAUUCGAGUUCUCGAUACUUCCACUGGCAACUAGGUUUAUACCUUUUACUCAUAAUGGUGAUCGCAAUAAUACCUUUCUAUAUAGCCUAUUUUUGCAUAAGCAAUAUACGUUAUGUUAGAAGUGAUCUCAUCAGGCCUCUAACACUCACAGUAUGGUUACUAUUUUUAUAUUGUUUUUGGAAAAUUGGUGACCCAUUUCCAUUACUUGCUGGAAAGCAACGUAGUGUUUUGUGUUUGGAACAAGCUGUUUCUAGAAUUGGUGUAAUCGGGGUUACAGUCAUGGCUGUUUUGAGUGGUUUUGGUGCUGUAAAUUAUCCAUACACGAGCAUGGCAUAUUUUAUUCGUCCAGUAUCUGAAGCUGAUGUGAUGACUGUGGAGAAAAGAUUACUGCAGACUAUGGAUAUGAUAUUAGUGAAAAAGAAAAGAAUAGCUUUGAAUAAAAAGCGUGAGAAGACACCCAGUAGUGGUGGUAUUUGGGGAAUGAUUACAUCUGUUACAAUAAAAACUGGGACUGAAAAUGUAUCACAACUAAAACAAGAAAUAGAAGCACUUGAAGAAUUGAGCAGACAACUCUUUUUGGAGGCUCAUUCUGCACAUAAUAUGCGAGAGAAAGAAUUGUGGUCUAAAACUUGGCAAGGACAUUAUUUCAAUGCAUUGGGGUACUUCUUUUCUUUGUACUGCGUUUGGAAAAUUUUUAUAUCCACAAUUAAUAUAGUUUUUGACAGAGUUGGACGUAAAGACCCUGUAACCAGAGCUUUGGAAAUAGCAGUUAUUUGGGCUGGUUUGGAAAUUGAUUCAGUAGCCUUUUGGUCCCAACACAUAUCAUUUUUCUUGGUCGGUUGUAUAGUUGUUACAAGCAUCAGAGGUUUAUUGUUAACACUAACAAAGUUCUUUUAUAAAAUAUCAAGCAGCAAGUCCUCGAAUAUAAUUGUUCUAGUGUUAGCUCAAAUAAUGGGAAUGCAUUUUUGUUCAUCCGUACUUCUGAUGAGAAUGAAUAUGCCUGCUGAAUACAGAGUUAUUAUAACACAAGUUUUGGGAGAUUUGCAAUUUAAUUUCUAUCAUCGAUGGUUUGAUGUUAUAUUUUUAGUCAGUGCUAUUACAAGUAUUGUUACUUUGUAUUUAGCACAUAAGCAAUAA